CGCGCUUUUUUAACUGUGACUGCCAGCUGAAAAUUUUAACGCACGCUGUUGCUCAAUUAACUCGUAUUUAAUAAUAACUAACUGCUGAUCAAUAAACUAAGCUAAAGAAUGGCUGCUGUACGCCGCUCCACACGCCUGAGUAGCAUCAGCAAGGCGGCCGCCGCCUCUCCGCUGCCGCCGUCGACGCAGACGCCGCGUCGCUCGGAAGUUUGGAAACGCAGGCAGCCGAAAAAAGUGCUUGCCGAUAGCGACGAGGAGGAGGAGGCGGUGACGGCGAUCUAUGACCUGACCAGCCCCGUUUCAGAGAACAACGAGAACCGCAACGUGCUCAACAAAAUGGACAAGAUCUCCAGGCGCAGGACAUCGCAAGUGCAGGUGGCUCAAUCGGAGCUGCCGAAGACGCCACGCAGCACAAAGAAAACAGCCCAAUCAGCUGGCAGUUCACGGGCCAAACGUGAGCAGGAAAACCGUGAGGCCACCGCUAGAUUCUUGGAGGGCGAACAGGACCCGCUUCAUGGAUCGCCGCCGAAGCAGAGAAAGUUGCAGCCACUGCCACAGCACCUGAUCAGUCCUUCGCGGCUGCUGGACAGGCUCAGCAUCGACGAGCGCCAGGAGGAAGAGGUGGAGGCGACCACACACAAGACUGACAAGGCUGAGCAGCAGCCGAAACUUCAAGCCAAGGAUGAGGCAAAGCCACGGCCAAAACAGCAGGAUCCUCCUCCAUUAGCACAAAAGGAGCAGGAAAAACCUCCAACAAAGCAGCCGAAUAAAAUCCAAACUAAUGAAAAAACCCAAACCAAUGAGGAAACCGAACAGAAUAACCUGCCCUCUCCCUCACGCAACAAAUACCAAAACGCCAGACGAGUGCUCAACAGCGCCGAGACACAAAACUUGCCAGGACGUGAGUCCCAGCUCCAAGAGCUACGUGAAUUCUUCAGCAGUCACCUGGAAAGCCAGACUUCCGGCAGCCUCUAUGUCUCCGGUCAGCCAGGAACAGGCAAAACGGCCUGCCUAUCGCUACUUCUAAGAGAUCCCGACUUCUCCAAACGUCUACAACGUGUGUAUAUUAACUGCACCAGCAUAGCAAGUGUAGGAGCAGUUUACAAGAAGCUAUGCACCGAACUGCAGCUCAAAAUCAGCGGUCGCACAGAGAGAGAUCACUUGGAGGCCAUUCAGCGUCACCUAAAGACUGCAAAGCGAAUGCUUUUGUUGGUGCUAGACGAGAUUGAUCAGCUCUGCACCAGUAGGCAGGAGGUGUUGUACACGAUCUUCGAGUGGCCAGCUCUUCCCGGCUCCAGGAUACUGCUUGUGGGCAUUGCAAAUAGUUUGGAUCUCACAGAUCGUGCGCUGAUGCGACUGAAUGCAAGGUGCGAGCUGAAGCCCAGACUGAUGCACUUCCCGCCCUACUCGAAGCAGCAGAUCGUGGAGAUAUUCAAGUCUCGCCUGGCGGAGGCGGAGGUGCUGGACGUCUUUCCACCCGUGACCCUGCAGCUGCUGGCCGCCAAGGUGAGUGCGAUCAGUGGAGAUGUGCGAAGGGCGCUGGACAUUGGACGACGAGUGGUCGAGAUAGCAGAACAGCAGAAGCGCGAUGGCGAAAAGGAGUUCAAUAUGAAGGCCCUGCAACUGGAGGGAAAGGAUGCGGUGGAGGCCAAAGAAAAGCAAGACACGCUGAAGCCCGUUCAGGUGACCCAAGUGGCUGCAGUGCUGAACAAGGUCUACGGUGCCUCACAGAAUCUAGAGGAGGACAUCGAGGGAUCCUUUCCGCUGCAGCAGAAGCUGAUGCUGUGCACCCUGGUGCUGAUGCUGCGCAACGAGCGCAACAAAGACAUCAGCAUGGGUCGCCUGCACGAGGUCUACAGGAGAGUGUGCGCCAAACGCAACAUCCUGGCCCUGGACCAAGCGGAGUUCACUGGGACUGUGGAUCUGGUCGAAACCCGAGGCAUUCUGCGAAUCAUGCGCAAGAAGGAGCCGCGCCUGCACAAGGUUUUGCUGCAGUGGGACGAGGAGGAGGUGCAUGCGGCGCUGAGCGACAAGCAGCUGAUCGCCUCGAUCCUCAGCGAUACUGCCUGCCUGAGCAAGUGACGAUCUGGACGAUUACCUCUAGGAAAUUAGUGUGCCCGACAAACUGCGGGUUAAUUGCGCAUUUUUCUCAUUUUCAUUCACCUUGGGGACGAACGUAUAUGUAUAAGAAUACUUUUUGACGCUAAUUUUAAAGUUCGUGGUUGGCGCAAGCACUGAAAUAUUUUGAAAUAUCAUUUGACGGUCACUUUCGACAUUUUCUGCUAUUUUCUGACUAUUAAUUGAAUCGAAUCUUCGAGACUUUGUGUGUGUCAUAAAUUUAAGUAAAUGUUGCGCCCAUAAUCUAUUUCUAAUCCGAUCCGUUGACCAAUAAGUUAUAGAGAAUCCCCUUCCUAUUAGCCUUAAGCAAAUAAGAAUAAACUAAAUAGUUCCGCAAUACACAAAACGCAAAA